AACGAUAUUUUAAUCUAAAGAUUCACGAUGACUGACGUAAAUGAUUUAAUUCUUCUCAUAUCGAGACUACAAGGAGAUCUAGACGAAACUCAACGCAGACUAAAAGCUGAGACAUUGGAAAAAGAAAGGGCCCUCACGAGGCUCAGUUCAAUAGCUGGAACAAAACUUACAUAUAACAAUCCUGGUAUCACCGAUCUCUCAGACAAGAACAGACCACAGAAAAUUGGUGAAAAUUUCAAUGAACUCUACGACAAUGAGUGGACAGAGGCUGUUGACCAGCUAUCGGGGGAUCACGGAGAGGAGGGUGCGGUACAAAUGCUCAGGGAGGCUCUUAAGUUCAUUGCCAACAAAACAAAGAGCUCAGCUGACAAACAGUACAAGAAUUUACAAGAGGCGUUGUUUCAGAGAGAUUUGAGAGAAUCCGAGGCUGGAAAUUUUAUGACAAUCUACAAGAAAAUCAGCGACCUACAAAAGGAUGUCUCCAGUAUCUCAAUGGCUAAUGCUAAAAAGUUUCUGAAGGAGGAUACAAAAUUUGUUUCAAAGUAUAAAGACGUGUUAUUUGGUUGUGAAACAUUUGUGGAUAGAUGUGUGGAACUGUGCUGGAUGAUGCAUAUCCAGGACCCGCCUAUGUACUUAGAAUUUGAAUCUCCAAACGUCAUUGACAAAAACAUGUUCAGAUUGUUUACAAGAAGUGGAGAACGUCCUGAUUACGUGGUUUGGCCCGCGUUAUUAUUACAUGAAAAUGGACCUCUUGUUCAAAAGGGUGUAGUCCAACCUGUUAAAUCGAAUACCGGUGGCAAAAAAUCAACACCCACAAAACCAGAAAGAACGAUAAAUAAGUGAAAAUUUAAUAUCUGAAAAUCCAUUAAGCAUUAACACAACUUAGAUAUAUUGUGUGACAUUUCAAGGGUACCGGUUGAAAUCGGGUACACGGCGCUUAGAUUGUGAAUGCGUUAGCCUAAACUACCCAGAACAAUAUUAUAUAAACCACCAUCAACCCAGUCUGAAUUGGAAGCUAGUCAUUUUAUUUUAUAAUGACCUUGAAGGGCAAUAUUUGAUAAGUUUUGAUUGUUCUUUCCUUCAAAUAAACGAAAACAUGUGUUCAUUUUAUAUAUAAAAUUGUUUGGAUUUACACAUAAAUUUUAUUACUUA